UUGUCAUUUCAGGCCUUCAGGUGCGGUUCUCCGAGUGAUAUGAUUCAGCUGGCUUGACUUUCGCUUAUCGACACAUUUGUCAGGAGCAAUGGAGGUUGGUGCCCGUGUAGAAGUGGCUGGGAAAGACGUGAAGGGCACGGUGGCCUACGUUGGAACCACAGCCUUUUCCUCCGGUAAAUGGGUAGGCGUCAUCCUGGAUGAACCCAAGGGCAGAAACAAUGGCACCGUACAGGGACGCACCUACUUUACAUGUGACGAAGGCCAUGGCAUCUUUGUCCGGCAGCUUCAACUGAGCCUUCUCGAAGAGGAGGACCCCCAACCAAGUUCUACAUCCGAAACACUACCCACAGAGAUACCUGCUGAGAAAUCACCUGAUCGACCCGAGAGCCGAGCUUCAGAAAGCCAACUCCACGCUCAAGUGCAGGACUUGCAAGAGAAGCUGGACACAUUAGCACGCAAAAGGCAGGAAGAUCGGGCGCUUCUAAAAGACUACGAACGUACCAAGCUACAACUGCAGCAGCUGCUCGAAUUCAAGACGAAGAUCAGCGAGUCCCAGCAAGAACUCCAGCGCCAACUGGUUCAUGCCAGACGCGAGGCCCAGGAAGCGGCCGAGGAACGCGACCGCCAUGCCAACGAGCUGGCCGAGCUGUCGGAAACCAUGGAGAUGGCGACAGUCGAGAAGGAAAUGGCGGAGGAGAAGCUGGACCAGCUGCAGCAAGAGCUGGAACAUUGGAAGGAGAAAUAUGAAAUGCUGGAAUUGGACCACGGCAUCCUGACCACCGAACUCUCAGACCCGUCCUCAGUGAGCUCCACCGGAGGCUUUCGUGUCCAGCAACUCGAGCAGCAGAACUCAAAACUGAAGGACGGUUUGGUGCAGAUGCGUGAUAUGGUCGCUUCGAUGCGUCACGAACAGCAGCAGAAGAGCAAGGAGUUGGACCGGCUGAGCUCCGAGCACGCGGAAGUGACACGGGCACGGACGCAUCUCGAAGAGCGCCUGCAGCACUCCGAGCACACGGUGGCCGACUUACAAGAGCAGCUGGACAUGGCGCUCGGUGCUGAAGAGAUGGUGGAGUACCUGACGGAGAAGAACCUGGCGCUGGAAGAGAAAGUUCGCGAACUAAGAGAGGCGGUGGACGACCUGGAGAAACUGCAGGACGUGAACGAUCAGCUGCAGGAGCAGGCACGCGAGACCGAGCUGGAGCUGCGGGAAGAAGUCGAGAUGGCUCGGGCUCAAGUCGUGGAGUCGCACCGUCGUUUAGAGGCCCUCGCCGAAGCACUUGCCAAUACGGAACAGAUGGUCGGACGCUACAGAGAGUUGACGGCUCAGCUGCGGAACCAGGCUUCUGAGCUCGAACAUCAGCAGCAGCAGCUCCUGUCUCGGGAGGAGGAAGAGGCGUCACUUACGGCUACGUCGUCCGUGGCAGCUACGGCGGACCUUCGUGCACAGGCCUUAGCGGUUGACUUGGAGCUGCGGCGUCUUGAUGCAGCACAAGCAACGCGACACGUCGAUUACCUCUGUUCUUUCCUUCCUGAGGCUUUCCUGGCUCGCGAUCACGAGGCCAUACUGAUGCUGUUGCUUGUGUCCCGUCUGUCUGCCAAGUGUGAGAUUGUUGCAGCUCAGGUUCGCCACAAGUUUCCAGCUCCCCCGGGCGAACUGGCAGCCGAAGCUGUGCUGGGGAGGCCCGAGACGGAGCGGCACGCUUACGGAAAUCACGUCCUGUUCCUGCUGUACGAACUCCAGGGACUGUUGCGACAGUACGAGUGUGCCCUGAACACCUGCAGCGUAGAGUUAUUUACAAAAACGGCUACCUUGUACCCCGAAAUGGUGGCUCAGGAGAAGCUGGUGGAUUUGUACCUGCAGUUAUUGCGCCGGGACGAACUCGACGAACACGUUCCCCUCGAGAACCUGGAGAAAGUGCUGUCGUACUUCCACAGUCUCUACGCUGUUCAUCUAUCGAGUGAACGUGUGGAUGGGGCGCACCUCUUGGGUGAUAACCUCCGGUCCCUCUCUGCAGCUGCAGACGCCGCAGUCUGCAGUCUCGGCGCAAUACGCGUGCUCCUCCCGACCACUGGUGACGCCAUGGCGUGGCUCGACGAGUCGCUAGCCCUCGCCAAAGGAGCUCAGCAGACGUUACGUCGCGCACGCAGACGACUCCCAGCCAGUGCUUGUUUGGAAGUGGGCUCAGAGCUGCGCGAAGAGCUCAGAGAAGUCUGUCGUGGUCUGGGGCGUGCAGCUGCAGUUGCGCUGGCACUGCAUCGGUCAGCUGUGGCCCACGCGACGCAGUCACCCCCACUGUCUGCGGACAAACUGAAAGAGCUGUCGCACGAAGCAACGGACCGCGUGUAUGGGAAGGACGACGACGGACCCGAGCGACUCCGUGAGGCCAUCGCUCAAAGCCAGCAAGUAGCGCAACGAAUCGCCGCUCUGCUGCAAUCGGGAGAGUUGGAACGACAGAAGGAGCCGAUGCCAGAGCCACCGGUCAACGCUUGCGCUCAGGCGGCUCGACAGCAGGCCCGCGACGUCGAUGCGCUCCGCGCGAAGCUCGAAUCUCGUGAUGCCGACAUCGUUGCCCUUCGGAAGGCACUCAAAAUUAAGAGUGAAGAAUACAGCGAAAUGCACGUGCGCAAAGACAUGGCGGAGAAGAAACUGGAGCUGUCUGCACGUGACACCGACGACCGUGUCGACAAGCUACAGCGACAGCUGGACGAGACGAAGAUUCUACUUCGACGCAAAGAAAAGGAAUUCGAGGAGACGCUAGACCAUCUCCAAGCAGACAUCGACGCACUAGAGGCUGAACGGGGCGAGCUCAAAGACAAGUUAAAGCUGGUCUCGAAGAAGACCCUCUACAAGGGACUCGCCGAAGCCGCAGGAGGAGUGCCUGCGCCGUCGUGGCCCCACCUGCAGGACCUGCGCGUUGCCCUGGCUCACACGCAACGCGAACGUGCACGACUGAUGCUGCGCCGAGCCGAAGCCCUCACGAGCGGCGCGCGGCCCCUGAGCGCCCCGUCGAGCUCCGGCCCCCUUCACGACGCGCUCCGCCGCUUAGCACGGGCUCAGAGCGGUACUGUGCAGCUGUGUGCCAACGCACGAGUGGUGGACCUGGCCAAAGAUGCUCGAGGCCGAACGCUCGUCGAUCAGCGUGUCAAGGCUCUGGAAGCAGCACGAGUCUUGUCCGACACACGCCUGGAGGUCGCCUCCGAGGCACCGGGCGCCCACGUGGCAGCACACUGGCGUGGCUUCCCCAGUCCUGCUUUAGGACGAGCCUUGCGUAACGAAGGGGACCAAUUUGUGGGGCGUUUGUGCAGUGCGGGAGCUUCUCAGACCUCAGCCGCCCCGUUGUUGCUCGACGGGGCAGCCCUGCGACGCUUGCAUACUCAGCUCGUUGCGUGACUUGCCUAGCAAUGUUCAAAUUUUCCCGUUGUUACUUCUUGACCACGCUUUCUUUGUCGUCACCGUGAUGAAACGUAGCAGCGGAGUAAGCCGCGCAUUUUAGUAUUUUGGGCGCGGGACUACGUGGAGGCACAGAUAACAUUUACACGCUGAGUCUUUCUCUCUUUCAUUGUGUGAGGUAUCUCAAAUUUGUGAAAUCGAGCAAUGGUAGCUUGUGAUCCUGGAGCAAAAACCACCUUUGUACCCGAGUAUUAUUUAUUUUGUCCCAGUUUUGAGGCAUAAAAUCUUGAUAUUUUACUUUUCAUUUUCAGAGGAAGCAAAACUUGCAGAUUUUAAAGUUUGUGGCGCGACACUACUAAGCCAGGUGGUCCGAAGGUGUUCCUCCAAUAUCUUUCGUAAACUGCAUAGAUUUGAUCAGACAACGUUUAUUGGUUUGUCUUCAUUUGGAUAUUCUUGCCAGGGUGAAGGAAUGGAACUAAAUGGAACGGAAACUAAACAUUAUCGUGACCACACUAAUGAAUUGGCAGAAAUUGUAAAAACGAAAAUUGUCUUCGAACUUCACCUCCUAAGGUUAUGACAGGCAGUGCUGUCUCCUCGGUGUCUGGUAAAGCAUUCUCAUUGGCAUUUUCUGUACGUGUACUGUACUGUUCUGUGUUCUCCCCGGGCAUGUCAGGUCCAUACUCUCAUGGCAAUUUGUGAAAGUAUGAGAACCUGCAAUGCGCGUUACUCUGUCCCAAGGUGUGAAUACAAAAUGAGAAAAUUUGCAGUGUUUUUCUCAGAUUUCAGAUCGUUAUUCAAAAAAAUUUUCUCCCUUAGGCUGCCUAGUCAAAAGAGAGAAAGUGAAGAAUAUUGCUUUAAUGUUACAUACCCACUGCCUCUAAGUAUGAACAGAUUGCUUUAUUUAUUUUUUUGUAUGUGUACCAAAUGUUCCACAAUGUGAAAAGUAGAGGGUGCGAUCAGUGUCACGUCUGCCAGAAAUGUUGUUUUGUUUACGGUCUCAUUUGGAUUAUAUAUUGAUACAUGCUUUAGUGCCAGUUAAAAAAAAGGUGUUAACAGGUUCCUAAUAAUAUGACAUGUAAUCUGAUAAAAAUCUCUCAUUUGUA